UCCCUUCGUCAAAUAACACACUACAUUGGCCCAGGAUAUAGGACCGACCAACGCCCCGGGUCCCCCACGCUAUUGCCUCUCUUCUCUUCUCUUCUUUUGUAGCUACUGUCGCGUGAAAAUAGUAGCAACUAGCAACCAAACUAGCAAUUCUUGCACGCCAGAAAUUCCACAACCCAAUUUUCUUCUUCUUCUUCUUGCGUCUCCGCCACGCUUGCACCAAUAAUCUCCUCUCUUCUAUUAUAUCUCACUUCUCUUCGCUCUCUCCACCUUAACUUCCAUUUCUAUUGCUUUACAUUUCGCCGGCUAUGGCUCUGCUUCUCUGCAAUAUAAACCUCGCCGCCCCUUAUUCUUCUCUCCCUAUCUUCAAAACUCACCACAAACGCCACCGUUUUAAAACCACCAAUAACCUAAAACCCCGUCUCUCUCUUCCCAACCCCCCCAAUCCCUCUUCUCCAAAACGCGUUUUCUUGCCUCCUCUCAAAUCGGCUUCUUCAAUCAACGGAUUCUCCAUCCAGAACGCUCCGGAAGUCUCCAGAGACCGCCGGAAUGCCGAGCUAUUCGAGCGAGUUCGGCGGUGGAUUGCCUCCGUAAGGACAGUUCUCCCCGGCGGCAGCUGGUGGAGCUUCUCCGAUGACGUCGACGUCAAGUUAUUGGCCAAACCGGUCACCGUGUUGCAAGCUCUUGUUCGAAUGUGGCACCUCGUCGCGCAAGACCGUUGGGUUAUUUUUACAGCUUUUGCUACCCUAAUUGUCGCAGCGCUUGCACAGAUUGCGAUACCGCAUUACUUGACUGCCUCAAUAUUUACGGCACAGAGUAGUGAAGUCGCGGUGUUCCAUCGGAAUGUGCGUCUCUUGAUUGUGCUGUGUAUCACUUCAGGAAUAUGCAGUGGUGUCCGAGGUUGCUGCUUUGGCAUUGCCAAUAUGAUUCUUGUCAAGCGAAUGAGGGAAACAUUAUAUUCUUCCCUUCUCCUACAGGAUAUAUCCUUUUUUGACACUGAAACGGUUGGUGAUUUGACAAGUAGGCUUGGGUCAGAUUGUCAGCAAGUGUCACGGGUUAUUGGGAAUGAUCUUAAUAUGAUAUUACGCAAUCUCUUACAGGGAGCGGGUGCAUUGAUUUACUUGAUAAUUCUGUCUUGGCCACUUGGUUUAUGUACAUUGUUGAUAUGCUCUACUUUAGCAGCAAUUAUGCUGCUCUAUGGCAGUUACCAGAAGAAGGCAGCAAAGUUAACCCAAGAAUGUACUGCUUCUGCUAAUGAAGUUGCUCAAGAGACAUUCUCUCUGAUGAGAACUGUUCGCGUUUAUGGAACAGAGGAAGAUGAACUUGGAAGGUUCAAGCAUUGGCUGGGGAAGUUAGCUGAUAUAAGCUUGCGACAAAGUGUUGCAUAUGGUGUUUGGAACACGAGCUUCAAUACUCUUUAUCACUCAACACAGGUUAUUGCUGUACUGUUAGGAGGAACAUCUAUUCUAGCUGGUCAUCUAACAGCAGAGCAACUUACGAAGUUUAUAUUGUAUAGCGAAUGGCUAAUUUAUUCAACAUGGUGGGUGGGGGACAAUUUAUCAUCAUUGAUGCAAUCGAUUGGGGCAAGUGAAAAAGUCUUCCAAUUGAUGGAUCUCUUGCCCAGUAAUCAAUUCAUAUCAAAAGGGUUGAAGUUGCAUAGGAUAUUGGGACAUAUUGAGUUUGUAAAUGUUUCCUUUCAUUAUCCUUCAAGGCCAACGGUACCAGUGCUGCAACAUGUAAACAUUUCAGUGCAUCCAAGUGAAGUAGUUGCAAUUGUUGGUCUUAGUGGCAGUGGAAAAAGCACACUGGUGAAUCUUUUGCUCCGUCUUUAUGAGCCAACAAAUGGUCAGAUUUUGAUAGAUGGUUUCCCUCUUAAAGAGUUGGAUGUCAUGUGGUGGAGGGAAAGAAUUGGAUUUGUGGGACAGGAACCCAGACUUUUCCGUAUGGAUAUUAGUUCAAAUAUCAGAUAUGGAUGUACUCGAGAUAUAAAGCAGGAGGAUAUUGAGUGGGCUGCCAAGCAGGCAUAUGCCCAUGACUUUAUCUCGUCAUUGCCUAAUGGUUACCAAACACUCGUUGAUGAUGAUUUGCUAAGUGGGGGACAAAAGCAGCGAAUCGCUAUUGCUCGGGCCAUUCUUAGGGACCCUACCAUAUUGAUCCUUGAUGAAGCCACUAGUGCAUUAGAUGCAGAGAGUGAGCACAAUGUCAAGGGUGUUCUUCGUGCUAUCAGAAGUGACUUAUCGACAAAGAGAAGUGUUAUAGUUAUUGCACACAGGCUUUCUACAAUUCAAGCCGCCGACCGGAUUGUGGUAAUGGAUGGUGGUCAAGUGGUUGAGAUGGGCAGUCACAGGGAUCUUCUCCUCCAAGAUGGCAUAUAUGCUAGACUGACUAGAAGACAGGCUGAUGCUGUGGCAUGAUCUUGGACUGUGUUAGAUGUUCCCUUUUUAUUUCUCCACAGGCUUCUUUGAUGUGGCAUAGGGUUCAAGCAUCUUUUUCACUGUUGACACAUAUAUUCAUAAUAUUCCAAAAGAAAAAACUCGGCAUGGUUUGGAAAAGAGGAAAGGAGUGUAUACAAAUGUAUUACUGAAGCAGUUGCAGCUAUGCAUUUUUAGCCUCCAUAGAUUAUUGGAGGCAGCUUCAACAGAAUAUGCAGUAUCAUAUUCUCAAUUCAUUAUUUAUGAUGCCAAGGUAAGAAAGCCAGGCAAGACAAGUAUGACAGUCAAAUCUUGAUUAGCAGCAUAUGUAUCAGGCGUACGGGUGCUGAUAAAUGUAAUUUGGUCCCUGGAUCAUGCUUUCAUUGAUUUUAUUGCACUGUCAUUUUUUGUUGUAAUUGUAUAAUCAGACUUUCGACUUCCAUUAGGCUUUUUACAAAGACUCACUGGUCACUGCGGAAGCUUGUCUGAGUAAUUAACGUGGUUAUUAUACAAAUGCUAAAAGUUCAUAUGA